GAGAAAUUCACCCUGGGCUUUGAUUUCCCCUACGUACCAUAUUACAUUGAUGGCUCUGUCAAACUGACCCAGAGUAAUGCUAUUUUGCGACAUUUGGGCCGUAAGCACGGACUGGUGACCACCGACGAGACCGGACUCGUACGCCAGGAUGUGUUGGAGCAACAGUUGGUGGACAUCCGGAUGGGACUCAUGAUUGGCCUAUUGUUUAAACCAAACUUUGUGGACCUUAAAGACAAAUAUAUUGCCGAAACUCUGACCCAACAGUUGGACGCGUUGUCCCGGUUUUUGGGUACCCGUCAGUGGUUUACCGGUAAUCACAUUAAUUAUGUAGACUUCUUGGCGUAUGAGAUACUCGAUUGGCUCCGACUGUUGAACGCCGAUACUGUCAAUAAGUACCAGAAUUUGGUUCAAUUCUUAGACCGUUUUGAAAAUUUACCGGCGAUUAAAGCAUACAUGAAAUCACCGGAGUUUAUAAGUUGGCCUCUAUUUGGACCGCACGCUAAGUGGGGGUUCAAAAACGUCCGUGCGUUGGCUCAGCCCAUACGGCUGUUGUUGGCGUAUAAGGGCGUGAAGUUCACGGACAGGCACUACGACCGGCCCGGGGCGACCACUGUUGAAGAGUAUAAGGGCGAUUGGUGGGCCGAGAGAGACAGCCUGGGCAUGGACUUUCCCAAUUUACCAUAUUACAUUGAUGGUGAUGUCAAACUGAGCCAGAGCGUUGCCAUUAUGCGACACUUGGGCCGUAAGCACGGACUGGUGGCCACCGACGAGACCGGACUCGUACGCCAGGAUAUGCUGGAGCAACAGUUGGUGGACAUUAGGUUCGCGUUUGUCGUCCACUUGUGUUUUAGUCCAGACUUUGAAACACUCAAAGACAAGUAUUUGGCCGAUACUCUGCCCCAACAGUUGGACGCUUUGUCCCGGUUUUUGGGUACCCGUCAGUGGUUUACCGGUAAUCACAUUAAUUAUGUAGACUUCUGGGCGUAUGAGAAAAUGGACUGGCUCCGGCAGUUCAGCCCCAAGACAUUUAUUAAGUACGAUAAUUUGGUUGAAUUUAUGAUCCGGCUU